AUGGAUGUAAACCAGUCACUCCUUGCUAUUUAUUAUGAGUAUAUUCCUAAAUGUAAAACUCUUUAUUUUUCUUAUUCCUCAAUUAUACAGGGUAUUGAAAAAGAUUUAAGGCCAAUAGUUUGGAAGUAUUUACUUGGUUAUUAUCAAUGGACCUAUACAACCGAAGAGAAUGAAAGAUUAAGAGUUGAAAAAAGUCGUGAAUAUCACAUGCUGAAGGCAUUUUUGGAAGCCAAUGUCAGCUGA